GCCUCAGCAGCUUCGGGGCUCCUCCGGUCUUCAGUCAGCUGACGCGGGGGGCGGGGGAGCUGUCAGGCACGCCCCGCCCAGCGUCUCUGGGCCGCGGGGGCCGUGCAGCCAUUGGCCAACACGCUGGGCCGCUUGGGCCCCCGCGCUCCAGUGACAUCAGGAAGCGAUAAAAGGCGGCGGCGGCGCCAGCUCCAGCACAGCUGCACCGCCGGGCUGCGAGCGGCUGCAAGCAAGAAAGCCCUAGAGCCAAAGAGCUGGAGAGCUAGCGGCGGGCGCUUUGCCCCGCGCCUCCCCUCUGCCCCAACGCGCACCUCGCCGGCUUCUCUAACCAGCCCCGGCUCGACCUGACUCGGUCCCGGAGCAGGCGCAGCCCGGAGCUCCCGGGCCGCUCAGGCAGCCUUAGCCUUAGGAGGACUCUCUUGCGCGCCGCCGCGUCCCCAGACAAAGGCUUGGCCGGCGGCCCCGGCCCGCUGCGCCCUCGGCUCCCCGCCUCCCCGGCUUGCCGCUCUUCGCCCCCGCGUUUGGCUCGGCGCGUCCCGGCCGGCCGCAAAGUUUUCCCCGCGGCAGCGGCGGCUGAGCCUCGCUUUUAGCGAUGGCCGCGGAGCUGAGCAUGGGGCCAGAGCUGCCCACCAGCCCGCUGGCCAUGGAGUAUGUCAACGACUUCGACCUUCUCAAGUUCGACGUGAAGAAGGAGCCACUGGGUCGUGCGGAGCGUCCGGGCCGGCCCUGCACACGCCUGCAGCCAGCUGGCUCGGUGUCGUCCACCCCGCUCAGCACACCGUGCAGCUCGGUGCCUUCUUCGCCGAGCUUCAGCCCGACUGAACAGAAGACCCAUCUGGAGGACCUGUACUGGAUGGCGAGCAACUACCAGCAGAUGAACCCCGAGGCACUCAACCUGACGCCCGAGGACGCGGUGGAGGCGCUCAUAGGUUCGCACCCAGUGCCACAGCCGCUGCAGAGCUUCGACGGCUUCCGUAGUGCGCACCACCAUCACCACCACCACCACCCUCACCCGCACCACGGGUACCCAGGAGCCGGUGUGGCUCAUGAUGAGCUGGGCCCGCACGCUCACCCACACCAUCACCACCAUCACCAAGCAUCGCCGCCGCCGUCCAGCGCUGCCAGUCCGGCGCAACAGCUGCCCACUAGCCACCCGGGACCGGGACCGCACGCAGCGGCCGCGGCGACGGCUGCGGGUGGCAACGGGAGUGUGGAGGACCGCUUCUCUGACGACCAGCUGGUGUCCAUGUCGGUGCGUGAGCUGAACCGCCACCUGCGGGGCUUCACCAAGGACGAGGUGAUCCGCCUGAAGCAGAAGCGACGGACCCUGAAGAACCGGGGCUACGCCCAGUCCUGCAGGUAUAAACGCGUCCAGCAGAAACAUCACCUGGAGAACGAGAAGACGCAGCUCAUUCAGCAGGUGGAGCAGCUUAAACAGGAGGUGUCCCGGCUGGCCCGCGAGAGAGACGCCUACAAGGUCAAGUGCGAGAAACUCGCCAACUCCGGCUUCAGGGAGGCGGGCUCCACCAGCGACAGCCCCUCCUCUCCCGAGUUCUUUCUGUGAGUCGUGGCGGGUCCCGGCCCCCGCCCUUGCCCUGGCCCAGACUCCCUGUCCUGUGUCCCUAGCCCUGGACUCCCUGUCCCUGCCAUGGCCCCGGCCUUGACCUGUUUGAGAGAGAGGGAGGAAGGACGCGCGGGCCGCGGGCGACGGGCGGGAGCGCGGGCGGGUAGGGAACCUUGGCUAAGAAGAGGGCAGCGCAGGCCAGCGCAGCCUCUUAGACUUGGGCAGAGUCAGAGAGACUAGGGCGGGUGGGAGGUCCCAGAGUAACUUUUCUCCAGGCUGGAAGGCCGCGAGGCAUAUUCCAAGGAGUCGCCAAGGCCGUCUGGACACUUCUGGCUCUGAGAACUUUGUGAGUGGCAGGGCCGCCGCUUUGCAGCCCACAGCUCAGUUCGUCCCUGGAAGAGCAGAGGAGAGGAGAGGAGAGGGACUCUGGAGUCCCCUUGGGCGCGAGGCAAGGCUGAGCUAAGGAAGGAAAACAGACAGAUCUGUCUGUCCAGAGUCCGGAGAACACUGGCUCUCAGCCGGAGACGCGGGCCUCAGUUAGGACAUUGGCGCGCAAAGGAAAAAAAAAAUCUCAUCAGUUUUAUUGCCUGCUCGAUUAUAUAGAAAAAUACGAAAAUCUGCAUUAAAAAUAUUAAUCCUGCAUGCUGGACAUGUAUGGUAAUAAUUUCUAUUUUGUACCAUUUUCUUGUUUAACUUUAGCAUGUUGUUGACCAUGGAUCAUAACCCCCUUGUUUCUUUGGGUGAGAAGGGACGCAGUUCCAAAACUCCUGCGGCUGCGAGCGAGCGAAGUUUCAGUCGCCGGCCGGCUAGUAAAUUGCCCGCCCGGCCAAACCCCAUUGAGAACGUAGCAGCAAGCCGAAGUCUUUGUUAGGGUUUAUAUUAUGGCAUUUUUGUUUGUAAGUAAAAAUAAAAGAAAGAUGGGGAAAGAAAACCCAACGUUGUCCUGGGGAACUCUUGGAAUUUGUAUAUUCGGUUCCCUUUUCCUUCCCACUUUAGUUUUCAGUUCUGUUGGUGUUGAGGGAAAGAUUGUAAAGGGAGAGACAUCUGCGGAGAUCCACAACCAUGCAGGAGCUUGUCCUCGAUCACAGCCUGGUCUUCUGGCCAAAUUGACCCCCCUCCCUGAUACCCUCCCCCAUCCCCAGAAGAAAAGAAAGCAGACCGACUUCUGGCCUUUGCAUCCUAAGGAGUCCUCCUAAGGCUGUUUUUGGAAUCCUCCAGGAAGGCGCUAAUUGCAAGCCUCCUCCCACAGAGCUUAGGGUGAAAGGAUUUUCCCUACCUCUCGCUAGUUGUCAACGGUGACCUGAGCUCCCAUUAAACCAAAUGCCAUUUUCAGAAUGUACCAGAAACCCACGCAUUGGCAAGUAACGCUGCAACUUUUGAAGCGCAUUCUUUAGAUUAAUGCGUUAUGUAUUUCUCUGCUGUUGGGAUAGCAGGGAGAGUUGUUGGUGGUGUCCCACUCCCUUCGGUUGUACAGUAGUUUUAGGGGAGGUCUGGGUGUUUUUCUUUAUUUGUUACUUUCAUUUCUGCGGGUCAGUAAAAGGAUUCAAGUUGCACUGACAAAACAUACCAAAAUGAAAGCGUACUUUUAAAAGUUCCCAUCUGAAUAUGCUGGCGCUGCUGGCUGGAUGCUUUUUUGUUUGUUUGUUUGUUUUUGAGUUUGUAUUAGUUGAUAAAUUUACAGUAAUAACAAGAUUGUAUGAACCGCAUGGUGCUUGCAGUUUUAAAUAUUGUGGAUAUUCGUCCUGCAUCGGAAACGAGCUUUGGUUUUUACUGAUUCAACUGUGUUGAAAUCAAACUUGCCACAACGCAACAGAAAUUGUUUUUAAUUUCAUGUAAAAUAAGGGAUCAAUUUCAGCCCCUGCUUAUGAUAUGAAAAUAUUAAAAUCUAGUCUUAUUGUAGUUUUAAUUCAGACUGGUUUCUGUUUUUUGGUUAUUAAAGUGGUUUCCUAUUUUGCUUAUUAAAACCAUGUAAAUGGUGUUUAUUUAGAGGACUGACUCCGUGUUUGCAUGACUUUAAACUCUCUUGUUUCUUCAAGAGUUGUAUGUCAAGUUUGGGACAUUCUCUGGCAAUGGACCCCCAAGCCAAGGCCAGGCAGAUCACUUUCCUAUGUAUGACUGAGUGUGCUAUGUGUGAGCCUCAAAUGUCUUCUCUGCUUUCCACCCUAGGUCCAAGCCCAGUCAAGAGUCCAUCUGUAUGCUGAGAGGGUGCAUAUCUGAAAGGGACACUCUACAGUGCUUUCGGGCUUGGCGGUCAGGACUGGGCUGCCGCUAAUCUGCCUGAUGGCGGGGUAGUGAACGGCAGAGGCGGAGUUGCAACCUGGGU